CCGGAGGGAGCGGGGAAUCCCACAGCUCUUUGUGGAGCCCGAGCCGCCUGCCGAGCGGGGUCGGUGGGAGCUAGGUGCAUCCGUGGAAAUGCCUGCUGCAGAGGGAUCUAGCUUGAGUUGACCUUCUAGCGGCUCAUCCUUUUGAGGACCCUUUGUGCAGUCCAAAAUGGCAGAGAAGGUUCCCCCUGGCUUAAACAGGAAGACGUCAAGGUCGACACUUUCUCUUCCACCGGAACCAGUGGACAUCAUUAGGAGCAAAACGUGCUCCCGGAGGGUGAAGAUCAACGUGGGGGGCCUCAACCACGAGGUCCUGUGGAGAACGUUGGACCGGUUGCCCAGGACCCGUCUGGGCAAGCUCCGGGACUGCAACACACACGAGAGCCUCCUGGAGGUGUGCGAUGACUACAACCUGAACGAGAAUGAGUAUUUCUUCGAUCGGCACCCAGGAGCCUUCACUUCCAUUUUAAAUUUCUACCGGACAGGGAAACUCCACAUGAUGGAAGAAAUGUGCGCUCUCUCUUUCGGCCAAGAGCUUGAUUACUGGGGGAUCGAUGAGAUCUACUUAGAGUCGUGCUGCCAAGCCAGGUAUCAUCAAAAGAAGGAGCAGAUGAACGAAGAACUCCGGCGGGAGGCGGAGACCAUGCGGGAGCGUGAGGGUGAAGAGUUUGAUAACACCUGCUGCCCUGAGAAGAGGAAGAAACUCUGGGACCUGCUGGAGAAGCCCAACUCGUCCGUGGCUGCCAAGAUCUUGGCUAUCGUGUCCAUCUUGUUCAUUGUCCUCUCCACCAUCGCGCUGUCUCUCAACACGCUGCCAGAGCUGCAGGAGAUGGAUGAAUUCGGACAGCCCAAUGACAACCCCCAGCUGGCCCACGUGGAGGCCGUGUGUAUCGCCUGGUUUACCAUGGAGUACCUUUUACGGUUCCUGUCCUCACCCAACAAAUGGAAGUUCUUCAAAGGACCGCUGAACGUUAUCGACUUGCUGGCCAUCUUGCCCUAUUACGUCACCAUCUUCCUCACAGAGUCCAACAAGAGUGUGCUGCAGUUCCAGAACGUUCGCCGCGUGGUCCAGAUCUUCCGGAUCAUGCGGAUCCUCCGGAUCCUGAAACUCGCCCGGCACUCGACGGGCCUGCAGUCCCUGGGCUUCACCCUCAGGCGGAGUUACAAUGAACUGGGCUUGCUGAUCUUGUUUCUGGCCAUGGGGAUAAUGAUAUUCUCCAGCCUGGUAUUUUUUGCCGAGAAGGACGAGGAUGCUACCAAGUUCACCAGUAUCCCGGCUUCCUUUUGGUGGGCCACCAUCACCAUGACGACUGUUGGUUAUGGAGACAUCUACCCAAAAACGUUAUUAGGGAAAAUUGUGGGAGGUCUCUGCUGUAUCGCAGGGGUUCUAGUGAUCGCCCUUCCCAUCCCAAUCAUUGUGAACAAUUUUUCUGAGUUUUACAAGGAGCAGAAACGCCAGGAGAAAGCCAUUAAGAGGAGAGAGGCUCUGGAGCGCGCCAAGAGGAACGGAAGUAUCGUGUCUAUGAACUUAAAGGACGCUUUUGCUCGAAGUAUGGAGCUGAUAGACGUGGCCGUGGAGAAGACGGGAGAGUCGGCCAACACCAAGGGCUCCACAGAUGACAAUCACCUCUCUCCAAGCCGGUGGAAGUGGGCCAGGAAGGCUCUGUCGGAAACCAGCUCCAACAAGUCUUACGAGAAUAAGUACCAGGAGGUCAGCCAGAAAGACUCCCAUGAACAGCUGAACAACACUUCUUCCUCCAGCCCGCAGCAUCUGAGCGCCCAGAAGCUGGAGAUGCUGUACAAUGAAAUCACCAAGACGCAGCCUCACUCUCACCCGAACCCCAAUGGCCAGGAGCAGGCCGAGAGGCCGUCCGCCUACGAGGAAGAGAUAGAGAUGGAGGAGGUGGUCUGCCCGCAGGAGCAGCUGGCGGUGGCACAGACCGAGGGCGUCGUGGACAUGAAGAGCACAUCCAGUAUCGACAGCUUCACCAGCUGCGCCACCGACUUCACGGAGACAGAGAGGUCGCCCCUGCCGCCGCCCUCCGCGUCCCACCUGCAGGUGAAGUUCCCACCCGACCUCGCCGGGAUAGAAGAGCACCAAAGAGCCAGGGCGCCCCCCUUCUUAGCCCUAAUCAGGGAGAAGGGGCCCGCGGCCAGGGAGGCCACUCCAGAAUAUGCUCCGAUCGACAUAACUGUGAACCUCGACGCCGCCGGCGGGCCCCAAGGUGGGCCCCACGGCCCCCUGCCGACGGACAGUGCCUCCGAGAGCCCCAAGAGCUCGCUGAAAGGCAGCAACCCGCUCAAGUCCAGAUCGCUCAAGGUCAACUUCAAGGACAGCAGAGGCGGAGCCCCGCCAACCCCGCCCAGCACAGCCAGGCCGCUGCCGGUCACCGCGGCGGACUUUCCACUCACCGCCCCCCAGCUUAUCAGCACCAUCCUCUUAGAAGAAACCCCCUCCCAGGGAGAUAGACCCUUGCUGGGCUCUGAGGUUCAUUGUCAAGGACUCUCCAAAGGGCUGACGCCUCGGUUUCCCAAGCAGAAACUCUUUACUUUCUCCACCAGAGAGAGGAGGAGCUUCACGGAAAUCGACACGGGGGAAGAUGAUGACUUCUUAGAGCUCCAGGGGACCACGAGGCGGGACAAGCAGGCAGACUCCAGCCCAAACUGCUUGACAGAUAAGCCUAGUGAUGGAAGAGACCCUUUAAGAGAAGAGGCCUGUGUGGGCUCUUCCUCUGCCCAGGACACAAGUCACAACUGUAGGCAAGAUGUUUACCAUGGUGUGGCAGAAGUGAAAAAGGACAACAGUCAAGAAGGGUGCAAGAUGGAAAACCAUUUGUUUGCCCCAGAAAUUCAUUCCAACCCGGGAGACACAGGUUACUGCCCCACACGUGAAACCAGCAUGUGACUAGUUACAAAAGCAAUAAUAACACUAAAACAAACAAAAAAACUUGUUUCUUAAAAAUGCGGUUAAUAAUGCCUGUGAACUAAAACGUGGGAAGCCCCUCCCUCCCAAAAAGAGUGCAUAAAAUGUUAUUUUUGCAUGGCAUGAACAGUUUAGUUUCAGUACUGUUUAAAUAAAGAAUCAAGACUCCAUUUUUGUAACAAACAAAAAUGACUGAAGAACACUGAACAAAUAAAGAGAGCUCUAUUAGGAACCAUAUUCUGCCAUGUCUGACAUUUUUGAUCCUUUCAUUUCAAAUUACAGAGUUUCGACUGUGAGCUUUUCUGUUGUGAUGAAUUUUAGGAUUUGUACAUGAAAGGAUGAAAUGUCAUUGCAUGCGUUCAUAAUUGCGAGGCGCAAGGUGCUUUGAGCUUGCAAAAUGCAUAACUUUGUAAAUAAUAGGGCUUGGGAUGCAGAAGUGUCAAGAACAGAUGGAAACAAGUUUCUGAGACACAGGCACUUCCUUCACAGCUACUGCCUGGAGGAGCUGUACAGACUUCUUGUUGCAAAACUGCAACCUCUUCUUAAACCAUCUCACAUAUCUUGCUUUGGGUUAUAAAGCUCUUAUAAGUACGUUUGUUUAAAGGAAUACAGUAUUUUUAUUGACUGAU